GACAUCACUCACCGCGUCCCCUUCGACGAAGUAGCGAAGAAGGUUGCAAGCGGUUCUAUCCUUUCUCUCGUACCGAAUAGCAUCAUGGAGCAGGCAAGCUUCGAAGAGUACAACAAGUACUUCCGCGCGAAGAGUAGGGCAGGAGUGGCCAGACUCGAUGGUUCAUUGGCCUUGUAUGUCAUGCCCUGCGGCGAGGACAUCCUGGCUCUCAAGGACUCUCUCUAUGCACUGGGACCUCACAUUCCCAGAGCGGGAUGUCUCAUAGGCUUAAUCGCCCCUGGUACUGCUGCUGUCAAUGCGGCGCCAGCCACGGCUGCCCCAGUGGGUACGGCCACAGCCAGUAAACCGCCGAAGCAGUUAGAAAGUGGCUGCUGUCAUGUCAACUUUGCCGUGGCUUGUCCAGCUUUUCGGCUCCAGACUAGGUCCCAGUCGCAGGCAGUGCAUAAGCAACAGCAAUCCUCGGAGGUGUACCUUGCCAUCGGGAAGGGGUGCUAUGGCUUCUCUGUCGACACGGCCCUGGUCAGUCACCUUUGGAGCUACGAGGGUUUUGCUGAGGACACUCGCGUGGUGGUAGAAGGUUCCCAUGGCUUCCUGGCAGUGUCUUCGGGACGAAGCAUUCAUAUUCUGGACGCCAAUUCCCCCGCGAAGCCACGCGUUUCCUGGCCAGACGCCCACCAGGACACGAUCUACUCUAUGCAUUUCAACUACGAGACGGGUAUCAUCUUUAGCUCUGGCAAGGACUGUUGCGUCAAAGCUUGGGAGAUCGAUGGUGAGGAACUCUCCCUGUAUGGCUCCUGCCCGGAAGCGCACAGAGACUUUGUCGUGGCCCUGCAGUUUCACUCCAGCAGCAGGCUUCUCAUCUCUGCAGGGCUAGAUGGUCUUGUUCGCGCAUGGCGCAUCGCAAGCACGGGUGCGUUCGCACUGCUUGCUACAUCUGCCGAUGCCCAUCCAGACGGUAUAACAGCUCUGUGUACAAACAUGGCCCAGAAUGUGAUGGUUAGCUCUGGCAGGGAUGGGAACCUUCGGCUGUGGAGCUAUAGACCUGGUCGACUUCGCCUUAUCGAUAGCCAGGUGGACGUGCAUGCAGGCUGGGCAAGAUGCCUGGAAUUCGAUGAAGCGUCUGGCCUUGUGGUUAGCGCUGGGGAUGAUGGAGCCAUCAAAGCGUUCGGCUUCAAGGAUGGCAAGUUCAACUGUCGCAUCAGUGCCGCCAAUGCGCAUGAUGCUGGUAUCCUUGCACUGCAACUCUGUGCCAAGACGAUGUGCUUGCUGAGUGCUGAUGAGAAUGGCGCAAUCAAGAUGUGGGAGCUGUCUGCUGGUGCCGGCGAGCUUGUGCUCAAGGCCAGCAUCGAAAAGGCUCACGAUGGAGGUGCAGUGUCGCACAUGCAGUUUUGCUCGCAGCGUAAGUUGCUCCUAAGUGCUGGUUCAGAUAAUUGCCUCCGGGCAUGGCUCUGGCAUCCGGAUGGUCUACAAGCUGUGGCCUCCGCAGCAGCGGAAG